AUGACGAUCGACAAUACUACACCCCAAUCAGUUUUCAACAAAAACAUCGGAUCUCUUCCUGCUGAGUUCCCUUCGCUCCCUGGAAAUGUUUUGGAUUUGUUUUUAUUGACCAACAAAAAUGGUGUUAUUACUGGUGGCGCCCGUGGUAUUGGAUACUGUAUUUCCGAAGCCUACUGUCAAGCUGGUAUUGCCAAGUUGGCUAUUAUCGACUACGCCGACAACGACGUUGCCAUUGGUGAGUUGAAAAAACGGUUCCCAAAGACACAAAUUGUGUUCAAACACUGCGAUGUGAGAAAGGCUGAUAUGGUCAAAACUGUCAUUGAAGAGAUCCACCAAGAUUUUGGUUCGAUUGAGGUUUUCGUUGCCAACGCCGGAAUCGCCUGGACCUCUGGUGCGUUGAUCGAGCAAGAAAACGACGACGAAUGGCACAAUGUCAUGAACGUGGAUUUGAAUGGUGUAUACUACUGUGCCAAGAACAUUGGCCGUAUUUUUAAACAACAAGGGACUGGUUCUUUGGUGUUGACUGCUUCCAUGUCUGCCCACAUUGUCAACGGUCCUCAAUUGCAAGCUGCUUACAAUGCUGCCAAGGCCGCUGUCAUGCACUUGGGUAAAUCUUUGGCCGUCGAAUGGGUCGAUUUCGCCAGAGUCAACUCGAUCUCUCCUGGUUAUAUUGCCACCGAGUUGUCCGACUUUGUCCCAGAAGACAUCAAAAACGCUUGGUACAUGGUGACACCAAAGGGUAGACAGGGAUUGCCCAGAGAGUUGGUGGGAGCUUACUUGUACCUCGCCUCAGACGCUUCCACAUUCACCACUGGAUCUGACAUCAAGGUGGAUGGAGGAUACACCAGCGUAUAA